AUGGCUCGAAAAAAGACUCCCGCACAAAAAGUAAACGAUCAAAAGGAAAACGAUCAGAAGGAAAACGAUCAGAAGGAAAAUGCUUGUUCAUCUGCUAAUGAUCAAGGUACCAAAGAAAUUGUUGAAACAAAUCCUCCGACUGGUAUUGGUGAAAAACGAAAAUUGCAAUCGAUUGAUUGUAAUAUAGGCAAUAGUGAAGAAAACGAAAUAACAACAUUGAAGAAACUGUGUGUCGAACUGCAAGAUCGUCUUGCACGCUUGGAAAAAUCAUUUUUAUCGAUUCCAUCCGACAUUAAUAUUCAAGAGUUCUUCGAAGAUGCUUUGCCAAGCUUCAGUGACAACAAUCAUCAUGAUAUCACAGUGAACACUAGCGAUCUUGUUAUGAGUGUUGACGGUGAUACAAUUAGUGAAACAAAUGCUGGUUCUUCUGCAUCGAAUCUUGGUAAUGUUGAUGAUCCAAUGACUGGUAAUUGUAAUAAGCGGGAAAACGGGCUGUUAUUGGCUAUCGACGACAAGAUGCUUUCUUCACUCAAGAGAGAAAACGCGACAUGUAGCGCGAGAUCAAUUCUCAAAUUUCUUUUUCCUGAUCCAGAAAUACAUUUCAAGCUUUCGAAUGUCGAUAAAAGCAUUGUCGACAGUAUUGUUCAGACUGAAGAUCAUGCAUCCCGAGGAAACGAAAACCACAACCAGCAAGAUCAAACAUUCCAUGUCAAAUUAUUUCGGAUCAUUAGCUUAUAA